AAGGCUCUCAAGGCAUGGCCAGACUCUCCAUCCUGCACCUCAUCCUGUGGACUGCUUUGAUUGACAAGAGCCAAGCCUGCUUUUGUGACCAUUACCCAUGGACUCAGUGGUCCAGCUGCUCAAAAACCUGCAAUUUUGGAACCCAGAGUAGACAGAGACAAAUAGUAGUAGACCAGUACUAUUUGGACAACUCUUGUGAGAAGAUUUGCAUCAAACAGGAGACCAGAGAUUGUAACUGGCAAACCUGUCCUAUCAACUGCCUCCUGGGAGAUUAUGGGCCAUGGUCAGAAUGUGACCCUUGUGUUGAAAGACAGUUUAAGACUAGAUCUAUUUUGCGCCCCAGCCAAUUUGGGGGACAACCAUGUACUGAGCCCCUGGUGAACUUUCAACCAUGCAUUCCAUCCAAUCUCUGCAAAAUUGAAGAAGUUGACUGCAAGAAUAAAUUUCGCUGUGACACUGGCCGCUGCAUUGCCAGCAAGUUAGAAUGUAAUGGAGAAAAUGACUGUGGAGACAAUUCAGAUGAAAAGGACUGUGGGGCGAGAAGGGCAGUGUGCUCACGGAAAUAUCUUCCCGUCCCUAGCGUGCAGCUAAUGGGCACAGGGUUUCAUUUUCUGGCAGGAGAGCCCAGAGGAGAAGUCCUUGAUAACUCUUUCACUGGAGGAAUAUGUAAAACUGUCAAAAACAUUAGAGCAAGUAAUCCCUACCGUGUCCCAGCCAAUCUGGAAACUAUCAACUUUGAGGUAACUACUGAAGAGGAUGAUUUGAAAACAGAUUUCUACAAUGAUUUAAGUUCUCUUACAAAUGAUGAAAGUGGAGGUACUGCACAUUCAAGUCAACAGAAGAACUCUUUUUCUGUACCAAUUUUCUAUUCUUCGAAGAAAAGUCAAAAUGUCAACCACAGGUCUGCCUUCCAAAAAGCUGUUCAAGCUUCCCACAAAAAGGAUUCUAGUUUUAUUAGAAUCCAUAAAGCAAUAAAAGUCUUAAACUUUACAAUGAAGAGUAAAGAUCUGCUGCUUUCUGAUGUCUUUUUGAAAGCACUUAACCAUCUACCACUGGAAUAUAAUUUUGCUCUGUAUAGCCGGAUAUUUGAUGACUUCGGGACUCACUAUUUCACCUCUGGCUCCCUGGGUGGUGUGUAUGACCUCCUCUAUCAGUUUAGCAGAGAAGAAUUAAAGAACUCAGGUUUAACAGAAGAAGAAUCCCAAAACUGUGUCCGGAUUGAAACAACAAGACGUAUUCUCUUUGUUAAGAAAAAAAAAGUGGAACAUCGGUGUACAAUCAACAGGCUGUCAGAGAAAUAUGAAGGUUCGUUUUUGCAGGGAGCAGAGAAAUCCAUAUCCCUGGUUCGAGGAGGGAGGAGUGAAUUUGCAGCAGCUUUGGCAUGGGAGAAAGGGAGAUCUGGGCCUGAGGAGAAGACUUAUACUGAGUGGGUAGAAUCAGUGAAGGAAAAUCCUGUUGUGAUUGACUUUGAGCUUGCUCCCAUCACAGACUUGGUAAGAAACGUUCCUUGUGCAGUGACAAAACGGAACAACCUGAGAAAAGCUUUUCGAGAAUAUGCAGCCAAGUUUGAUCCUUGCAAGUGCGCUCCAUGUCCUAAUAAUGGUCGGCCUGCACUCUUGGGGACAGAAUGUCUGUGUGUAUGCCAGAGUGGUACCUAUGGGGAUAACUGUGAAAGGCGGUCUCCAGAUUUUCAGUCUAAUGCAGUAAAUGGGAACUGGGGCUGCUGGUCUUCCUGGAGCACAUGUGAUGCUACCUAUAAGAGAUCAAGAACCCGAGAGUGCAAUAACCCCACCCCCCAACGUGGAGGAAAACCUUGCCAGGGUGAGAAGCGACAAGAGGAAGACUGUACAUUUUCAAUAAUGGAAAACAAAGGUUUUGAUUCAAUAAGUUUUCAGUGGGGCCCAGAUGGUACUGAUGGUGCUGGUUCAGGACUCACACUUGGGAGAUCAAUCUUCAGGCGCCAGGGGAUAGGGUGCCUCAAGCCAGUUCUGCAGGAAGUUCUCACACUCUCACCCUUUGAGAGAUUAUACAAAAUUGGUGAUUCCAUUGAGCUAACCUGCCCCAAAGGCCUUGUAGUUGCUGGGCCAUCGAAGUACACAUGCAGUGGGGAUUCCUGGACACCACCCAUUUCAAACUCACUCACCUGUGAGAAAAAUAUUCUGACAAAAUUACAGGGCCAUUGUCAACUGGGCCAAAAACAGUCAGGUUCUGAAUGCAUUUGUAUGUCUCCAGAUGAAGACUGUAGGUCUUUUUCAGAAGACCUCUGUGUGCUUGACACAGCCUCCAACCAUCACUUUGUCUCAUCAGCAUGUGAGUUUUCAGCCCAGAAAUGUUUAAAUAACCAGGAACUGCAUUUUCUACUUGUUGGUUCCUGUCAAGAUGGACCACAGUUAGAAUGGGCUCUUGAAAGGAUAAAACUUUCAUCUAAUAGCACAAAGAAAGAAUCCUGUGGCUAUGACACCUGUUACGAUUGGGAAAAAUGUUCAGCCACCACUUCCAAAUGUAUCUGCCUAUUGCCCUCCCAGUGCUUCAAAGGUGGAAGUCAACUCUACUGUGUCACAAUGGGAUCAUCAGCAAGUAAGAAAACCUUGACCAUCUGUGAAGUGGGAGCUGUAAGAUGUUCCAACAGGAAACUGGAAAUACUGCAUCCUGGGAGGUGUUUGACCUAG